GUCGGGUGCUGCUCGCCUGCAGUGAGUCGGUGGGCUGCGGUCGGCUGGGAGCGGGGAGCGGGGCCGCUCGGGCAGGGGAGGGGAGUAAAGAAUGGCACGACAGAGGCUGAAAAAAGAAAGGCUGCUUGAUUCGAAAGUGGAUGGAAAAGAUGGAAAGAAUACAGGAAUUCACAAGAAGGCUCCAACCAAGGAAAAGAAGAAGAAGUCCAAUCUGGGGAAUAUUUUCAUCAACAUAGCAAUUGUAUUGUGUACUGUGAGCUGUGUCUGGUUUUGCUAUGCUAUUUACAUGAGAUCUUGGUUUGCUAACAGAAUCAUAACACCUCACCCUUCAAUCAGGAUAUUGAACAGCAACAGCUCCAGUCCUGCAUUGUCACCAGAAAAAUACUGGGGAUCGUACCGACCUCAGGUAUACUUUGGAAUGAAAACACGGAGUCAGAAAUCAAUUGUAACAGGGUUGAUGUGGCUUCAGCAGUUCAAAGCAGAGGUGAACCUGCGCCAUACAUGUGAACAAGGUGAUCGGCUGCCCAGCUAUGGCUGGCUAAUGCAUGAUGGCAUAAACUUUGGAGUGCAGGAAAUUAAGGAGAAUGAUUUCAUUUUAACAACUGAGUUCGUGAAGCGUCUUGGUGGGCAACAUGGUGGAGACUGGACUUGGAGAAUUACGGCCAAACCACAGAGCUCUGCUCCAGAGAACCCAGUGAUAUCGCUGUUAUUUUACGUCGCUAGUGAUGGACAGGGCGACCUGCAGCCACACAUUGAGGAUAAGAAGAGGUUAGUGGCUGUGUCAGGAUCAUCAGAGGAUUUGGGAAAAUUCACAAUCACUUUCCUGACACCAACUGAUCUUAAAUCCAGGAACUCAAAAUAUGCCAGUGUGGUGUGUGGCUGCGCACUCCCAAUGGCCAGCGCUGCGGCGCAGCCGCUGUGA